AUGGAGAUGCCUUGUAGUCAGAGUGUAUUCCAGAUGGAGCAGAAGAGCAAGCUGAAGCUUAGUCUUUUCAUUCCAUUUGUUGUGCUCAAGCAGGGAGGUCAAUUGGUUGAAGAGUACGAAGCUGAGUUCUCCUCCCUUAGUCGAUACGCUCCUCACUUGGUCACCGACCCUGCUAUCAGGAGGUAUCAGUUCCAGAAGGGUUUCGAUAAGUAUAUAAGAUUAGCUCUUGUUGAUAGAGCACUUACAACUCAUGACACUGUAUUGGAUGUAGCGCACGAGAUCGAGAGUGUUCAGAAGGAACCUAAAGAUCCACAUGUGGUUCAGAGUAGAACACCAGUAUCCCCAGCUCAGAAUGUCGAGCGUCCCCUCCGAGGCAGCAGCAGGCUUCGCAGAGGUAGCAGUUUUCUCAGCAUCAGCCACAUACUCAGGCCCACACCUAUUGGGACUUCGCUGGGCAUACUCAGCAGGAGUGCUGCAAGCAUCUUAGUCUAUGCUACACAUGUGGAUUCCCCGACUAUGUCAGUCAGGACUGUCCGCAGCGGCAGCAGGCCCACUUGCCCCCACCUCCAGCUCAGCACAAACCCUAUCCUCGAGCAGGGCCUCUUCCUCUAUAAUAGCAGGUUUAUCUGGAAGUGUGAAGGCAAGGUUCUUGUUUCUUUCGUUCCUACUUUAUCACUCUUUGAUUCUAGAGCUUCCCAUUGUUUCUUGUCUCGUCAAUUUGAGAGUACCCACUCUCUUCCUAUAACUCCACUGACUACGGGAUGGAAUAUUAACACUGGCAGUGGUGUUUUAGUAGCAUCCAGUGGUUAUGAAGCAUGCCCGGUGGUCAUCAGCGGUCGAGAUCUCUUUGCAGAUUUUUUGGUGAUUGAUUUGCCGAGUUUUGAUGUAGUAUUUGGAAUGGAUUGGUUGGGGUCGUUCUUUGCCACUAUUGAUUUUUACCGUCGAUGCAUAGUAUUUGAGAUACCGGAUCACCCAAGGUUUGAAUUCCUCAAUGGCAGUACAUUAGCUGGACCAAUAGAGUACAAAGCUAAACUGAAGAAGGCAACGUUUGCUGCUAUGCAGGUAGAACCUGAGAAGCUAAUUGUAGUUCGGGAAUUUGAAGAUGUAUUCCUCGACGACAUUUACGGGUUGCUACUAGAUCGAGCAGUUGAGUUUUCUAUAGAAUUGAAGCCUGUAACUGCUCCGAUCUCAAAGACUCCUUUUCGUAUGCCUCUAGCUGAGUUGGCUGAGCUUCAGACUCAGUUAGAUGAUCUUAUGUAG